CCCUCUUCCGAACCCAUAUAAUGGUAGCCAUGGAUUAUUUCCUUGGUCUAAUGAUACUAAUUUUCUCUCAUCAGCCUAUGUCAUACGUUGUUGAAGCUAAAAUCAGUGGCUUCAGCCUUGAACUAAUUCAUCACGACUCCCAACUAUCUCCGUUCUAUAAUCAUUCUGCCACUCCUGGAGAGUUGUCAAGCUAUGAUGCUUUGCGAUCCAUUGCCCGAAUCAACCACUUUCGUCCAUCAUCUGUUGAUGGAGAAAAAAUUGAGUCUCUGACAAUUCCAAAUGGUGGUGGCUAUCUCAUGAGAAUUUCUAUUGGCAACCCACCAGUUGAAAGCCUAGCCACUGCUGACACAGGAAGUGAUCUUGUGUGGAUCCAGUGCGCACCUUGUGACAAUUGCUAUCCUCAAGAUAGUCCCAUCUUUGAUCCGGUGAAGUCUUCUACUUACAUGGAUCUUCCCUGUGACUCAAGUCCUUGUCAAGCUCUACCAUUAUCUCAGUGUGGCAACACAAAUAAUGAAUGCCAAUACAGAUAUGAUUAUGGAGACAGAUCAUAUACCGUUGGAGUCCUAUCCACAGAUACUUUCACAUUUGAUUCCACGAAUGCUCAGGCCACUGCAUUUCCAAAUUCUGUAUUUGGAUGUGGACACGACAAUGCUGGAACUUUCACUAGCCGUGGCUCCGGACUUGUCGGGCUCGGGGGCGGACCCCUGUCGCUGAUUUCUCAAUUGAGUGCUGAAAUUGAGCAGAAAUUCUCCUACUGUUUGUUGCCAAGGACAGCGAACUCCGCCAGUAAAUUGAAAUUUGGCAAAGACGCAAUUAUAUCUGGUGAAGUUGUUUCAACUCCUAUAUCACAGCCACGGGACUCGAGUUCAAACACUUUCUACUCUCUCACCCUUCAAGCCGUAAGCAUAGGGAGCAACAGGAUACCAUACAGUCAGAGGGAGGGUAAUAUAAUUAUUGAUUCAGGAACAACAUUGACUAUUUUGGAGUCAAAUUUUUACAAUGAACUUGAAGCUGCGGUGAAAGAAAGCAUUAGUCUAAGCAGUACAGUACAAGAUCCACGGGGAAACUACAGAUUGUGUUAUGAUUCAACUUCCUUCAGUACGGCUCCUGAGACACCAAUAAUAUUCCAAUUUACUGGAGCUGACAUUACUUUGAAGACAAUUAAUACCUUCGUAGUUUUGGAUGGUAUUACUUGCUUGGCAAUCAUCCCUUCAAAUGGUCUCAAUAUCUUUGGUAACGUUGCUCAGAUUAACUUCCAAGUGGGCUACGACCUUGCAAAAAAGCAAGUCUCUUUCGCUCCAGCAGAUUGUACUCAGUAUUAG